AUGGAUUUCGAAUUCCCCUAAUUAUUAAACCCUACCGAUAACGAGCCUUUUAUUCUAGUUUCAGAAUCAAAAGACGUGUUAAAUAGUAAGUUAUUGACUGCUCGACAUGUAAGUCAAAGUGUUCGUGAAACUGGAGGAAAGUCUGAACUAGUUGUUAUUAAAGACUUUUUAUAGUAAUAUAGCUUAAAUAUAUUAAUAAAAUAGGGAUUUGACAAAACAGUCUCCAUUAGCCUAUGUUCCAGAUGCUGAAUCAUAAACUCUUGUUCAAAAUUUUAAUUCAUAAAAAUAAGAAUAUGAAAGAUAAGUUUAAGUACAAGUUAACUCAUUUAAAUAAUUGAAUUAAAAGUUAUAAGAAGGUUAUGAGAAUGCUUGUAAUAACAUUGUAUCUCAAUUGGUUGGUAAUGCACAAGGUGAGAGUAACAAUCUGUAAAGAGUAUUUGAUUCCUUAUAAACUGUUUUGAAAAGUGACCCAGAAUAAGAAGCUUCAAUUCCUAAGCCAAAUGAAAUUGUAGAUAAAGUAAAAUAAAAUUAUAAAAUUAAUAGAUUUCUGAAUUAAGAGCAGCUCCUGAAUUACCAGAAUAUUUGUUUGCAACAACAAAAAAAGUAAGAGCAUGGAGAAAUGCUCCAAAUGAAUUGUGUGUGUGGAAUAAAACUAAAGAAUAAUUUUAUAGAGAAAGUUUGGAAUAGAGUUUAAAUUAGAAUGUUUAGGAUAGAACUGAGUUAGCUUUAAAGUUUUGGAAUUCUUAAAUUAAGAAAUUAGGUGAUCAAUUAUUGAACAUUAUCUAAGAAGAUACUUCAAUUUAAUAAUAAAAUUUUGUAAGUUUAAAUAUUGAGACUGCUGAAGCAUUUGCAUUAUUAUUAAAUACAAUGAUAACUCCAGAAACAAGAAUAAUACUCCAUAUUGGAGAUUUUACAAUUGCUGAAUCAAAAUCUAUUGGAGAAUCCAUUUAAAAACUAACAAGUAUAUUGAAUUUAUAAAUUAAUUGGAGAGUAAAUGGAAAAGCAUAAGGUUUAUAACAUAUUGCUUAAGGUAUUAAUAUUAAUUGAAUAUAUCUAGCUAUUUCUUAAGCAGAACAAUUAAAAGUAUUGACAUUUUAAUUCUCAUAAUAAGUAUAAGCAAAUUCAGCCAAAGAAUUCUUUAAUGAAUUUAAGGAUGUGAAUUUACCUAAUUUAGAAGAAGUAAAUAUAUUGGCAGAAUAAUCAAAUGUUAAUUCAGCAGUCUAAUAUAUUUCAAAGGCUGUGAAAUCUGUGGGAGGAAGUUAAGUUACAAGAGUAUUAUUCAAUUUCAGGUAAAAUAUUUUACAUAAUAUAUAUAUAGUUAAUCUCAAAUAGACAAUAAAUCAGCUCAAUAAUUAGGAGAUGCCUUAUCCACUUAUAAAGGAGUUAAGAAGCUUACACUUAACUUUUCAGGAUACUCAUUAUAAAACAAUUCUAUUAAAGAUGAUGGUUUUAGUGGAUUAAUUCAACAUGUAUCAAAUUUUGCUGAAAGUCUUGUUGAAUUAACAAUUAAUGUUGGAAGAAACUAAUUAACUGAUAAUUCAUUGGUAGAUUUAAAUAAAUAAUUCUCUGCAACUAAAUGGGUUUCAUUAAAGAGUGUUAAUAUUAGUGUUCAUUAUAAUAAAAUUACAGAAUAAGGAGUUCGUAAAUUAGGGAAAGUAUUGAAAUAAUUAUUAUAAAUUUUUAGUUACUUCAUAAUUUACCUAUUCUAGUUAACCUUUAAUUGAAUUUGAACUCUACAGAAGUUAAUUACAAAGGUUUAAGCUUUUUAAUUAAUUAAUUGGGUCCAUAAGUAAAUGCUUAAAUUUAAGCCAAAUAAUCAAAUAUUAGUUAGGAAGAAGUAGUAGAAUUAGUUGGAAAAGUUUCAUCAUUGAGCAUUUGAU